AUGGAUGUGGCCAAUAAGUCCACCAUGUCUGAAUUUGUUUUACUGGGGCUCUCUAAUUCCUGGGAACUACAGAUGUUUUUCUUUACGGUAUUUUCAUUGUUUUAUGUGGCAACAAUGGUGGGUAACAGCCUCAUAGUCAUCACAGUUAUAGUGGACCCUCACCUACACUCCCCUAUGUAUUUCCUGCUUACCAAUCUUUCAAUCAUUGAUAUGUCUCUUGCUUCUUUUGCCACCCCCAAGAUGAUUACAGAUUACCUAACAGAUCACAAAACCAUCUCUUUCAAUGGCUGCCUUACCCAGAUAUUCUUUCUCUACCUUUUCACUGGCACUGAGAUCAUCCUACUCAUGGCCAUGUCCUUUGAUAGGUAUAUUGCAAUAUGCAAGCCCCUGCACUAUGCUUCAAUCAUUAGUCCCCAUGUGUGUGUUGCUCUCGUGGUGGCUUCCUGGAUUGUGGGAAUCAUGCAUUCGAUGAGUCAGGUUGUAUUUGCCCUCAUGUUACCAUUCUGUGGUCCCAAUGAGGUAGACAGCUUUUUCUGUGACCUUCCGGUGGUGUUCCAGCUGGCUUGUGUAGAUACUUAUGUUCUGGGCCUCUUUAUGAUCUCAACAAGUGGCAUAAUUGCUUUGUCUUGCUUUAUUGUUUUAUUUGAUUCAUAUGUUAUUGUCCUGGUUACUGUGAAGCAUCAUUCUUCCAGAGGAUUGUCUAAGGCCCUUUCUACUUGUACAGCUCAUUUCAUUGUUGUCUUCUUGUUCUUUGGGCCAUGCAUCUUCAUCUACAUGUGGCCACUAAGCAGCUUUCUCAUAGACAAGAUUCUGUCUGUGUUUUAUACCAUCUUUACUCCCAUUUUGAACCCAGUAAUCUAUACUCUGAGGAAUCAAGAAGUAACGACAGCCAUGAGGAAACUGAAAAAUAGGUUUCUAAAUUUUAAUAAGGCAAUGCCUGCUCAUUAUUUUUCAUCUUAUCUUUUAGUUCUACUUAACUUCUAGCUUUUACCUUUAAGGCAUUAAGUGUCACAGUUUUUGUGACACAGAACAUUAGUGACAAUACUGUGUUAGGGUCUUCUUUCUAGAGAUUUCUUAUCAAAUCGUAAUUGCCAAGAAUUUGUGAGGGCUCAAGGUCAGUGAAUGUUGAAACUAUUCUCAUGAAGAUGAAUGUGUUCAAAAUACAUUUGAAAUUUCAGAAAAGCAAGUUAAUGAGAGCAAUUUAUUCCAGAAACAAAGACUAUAAAAAUUUCAGGAGUGACAGUUCCAGUUAGAACAUUCAAUAUCAAUAAUCAAUUUAUUAGAAAAGAGGACCAAGGAAUGAGAAGAAGAAAUAUAGAUUAAAGCAGAGCUAGGAGAUAAUGACAAUUACACACAGAAAUUGAGUCAUUCCGUGAGAUGCUUCUAAAGUAUGACAAACUAGUGAGAUUCUAUGAUCCUUAGAAACUCCAUACAGAAAAGUGAUGAUUUUUGACAUACUUUCUGAAGCCACUCCUACUUAACAUUUAAACCAAUUUGUGAUCUCUUCUAUUAAAGAAAACUCUAGAUAUAUUUUUAUUACAAAUGUUGAUGUCCAUAAAAAUGCUGUAAGUGUAGCAGUCUUUACCAAUCACUUUUAGUUCAUCAUCAAAGCAAUACAGUCAUGAUAUUUCUUUCUGGUAAUGCAGAAUUGAGUAGAGUGGCUGGAGAUUUCUGCAAAUCAGAAAGUAUUAUGUAAUAAGUUGCAGAGCAGUACACUUUGUUUUGUAUAGACUCUAUGGUUACUUAAUUCCCAAGAAGUUAAAGCUAGAAUUAAGAGACACAGCUUAUCAUGGUUGAAUUUAUGGAAAGUCCAUACUUUCAUUUUAAAGUGUUAUAUUGCUUUGCAUUUUGGUUACUUUUUUCUUGAAAUAUUUGGAUGUGAAAAUAAGAAAUCUGCAUUUAGUAAUAUACUGUCAAUGUAAUAAGCAUGUUUUUGUACACGAAUAGGUUUUGUUACUAUUAUAAAUAAGCCUGGUAGGGUCAAUAUUAGCUUUAAUAUAUGCAAAUUAUCACUACCACCUGCUGCUGGUACUUACUGGAAUUGCAAGUGUGAAAGAAACAUAAUUCUGUAUAUCCUGCUUUGCAAAUCAUCUUUAAAUGAUGGCAAACAAACGAAAUAACAUGAGUUAACUGUUAUUUAGAA